CGCCCACAGCCCCUCGGAGGGGUACUUAAGGAGCCCCAGGCCGGGGCGAGGCUGCUGCGCUCGGUUCGCCCAGUGCACCUCCUGCUUGUGUCUCUCUCGUGCUUGAGGAAGACCCACUGCUCUGCUGCCUGGCCAUGGCCACCACAUUUCUGCAGACUUCUUCCUGCACCUUCGGGGGCGGCUCUGCCCGAGGGGGCUCCCUCCGGGCCGGGGGAGGCGGCUUUGGUGGGGGGAGCCUGUAUGGCGGAGGUGGAAGCCGCAGUAUUUCGGCUUCUUCUGCUAGGUUCAUGUCGGGGUCCGGAGAAGGCUACAGGGGCAGCAUGAGCUGCGGCUUUGGUGGUGGGGCGGGUGGCGGUUUUAGCGGAGGCCUCGGAGGCGGCUUCGGAGGUGGCUUGGGUGGGGUUUUUUUUGGCGGGGGCGAUGGCGGCCUCCUCUCUGGGAACGAGAAGGUGACCAUGCAGAACCUCAACAACCGCCUGGCCUCCUACCUGGACAAGGUGCAUGCGCUGGAGGAGGCCAACGCCGACCUGGAGGUGAAGAUCCGCGACUGGUACCAGAGGCAGAGCCCGGCCAGCCCGGAGCGGGACUACAGCCGCUACUUCAAGGAAAUCGAAGGGCUCCGGGACCAGAUCCUGGCCGGUGACAUGGACAACUCCCAGGUCAUCCUGGAGAUCGACAACGCCAGGCUGGCCGCUGACGACUUCAGACUCAAGUAUGAGAAUGAGCUGUCCCUGCGCCAGACGGUGGAGGCCGACAUCAACGGGCUGCGCAGGGUGCUGGACGAGCUGACCCUGGCCAAGACCGACCUGGAGAUGCAGAUCGAGGGCCUGAACGAGGAGCUGGCCUACCUGAAGAGGAACCACGAGGAGGAGAUGAAGGAGUUCAGUAGCCAGCUGGCCGGCCAGGUCAACGUGGAGAUGGACGCGGCCCCGGGCGUGGACCUGACCCGCAUGCUGGCCGAGAUGAGGGAGCAGUACGAGGCCAUAGCGGAGAAGAACCGCAGGGACGCCGAGGCCUGGUUCUUCAGCAAGACCGAGGAGCUGAACAAGGAGGUGGCCUCCAACACGGAGAUGAUCCAGAGCAGCAAGACGGAGAUCACGGAGCUGCGGCGCACGCUGCAGGGGCUGGAGAUUGAGCUGCAGUCGCAGCUGAGCAUGAAAGCCGGGCUGGAGAGCUCGCUGGCGGAGACCGAGUGCCGCUACGCCACGCAGCUGCAGCAGAUCCAGGGGCUCAUUGGGGGCCUGGAGGAGCAGCUGGCCCAGCUACGCUGUGAGAUGGAGGCGCAGAACCAGGAGUACAAGAUGCUGCUGGACAUCAAGACGCGGCUGGAGCAGGAGAUUGCCACCUACCGCCGCCUGCUGGAGGGCCAGGACGCCAAGAUGGCUGGCAUUGGCACCCGGGAAGCUGCCCUGGGAGGCGGUGGCAGCAGCAAUUUCCGCAUCAAAGUUGAGGAAUCGGUGGAUGGCAAGGUGGUUUCCUCCCACAAGAGAGAUGUCUAAGCACCGGGCACAGGAGGCCCGGCCACUGCCAGCCUGGUCCCCAUUGGCCAGAGGGGCUGGGAAGCAAACUCGUCCCUGUCUUCAGAGAGCAGCCGGCUGAUGCGGGUCCCUGGGUUCCCUGGUUGAUGGCUUUCCGUGUUCUCUGCCCUCCCAGUCUCCCCACUGCCUUUGGGGUGCAAGAAGCAGCCGUCUUGGGUCGUGGCUCAUGUGUGCCAUGCCUGCUCCCACAAUAGAGAUUUGCUUUUCCUUUUGCAAAUG